CUGUCUUUAGCUCUCCUCGUACCAAGUUAUUUUUCUGUGAAAUCCGUGUAUAGACGUAAUUCAAGAACCCUUCGUCGUUUAAGUCGUAGCUAUGAUUGGGAGCUCGAUGAACAUGGCGGUUUACGUCCGAUCGUCAUUCCAACCAAGGUGGAAAGAGCCACGAAGCAGUGCGCAAACGAUUCGUAUAUACUCAGCACAAUCAUGCGAAACUACAACAGGCACAAAAUUCCCGGUGGACAGGUUGAGGUGAAAGUCGAAGUAUGGGUGCAGGAGAUCACCACCAUAUCCGACAUAACCAGCGAUUUUCAGUUGGACAUCUACAUCUCGGAGAUGUGGUUGGAUCCGGCACUCGAUUACUCGGCGUUGAAUCCAUGUAAAUAUAAUUUGUCGUUGAAUAGUGUACUAUUGGAGAAGUUAUGGACGCCAAAUUCGUGUUUCAUCAAUUCGAAGACGGCUGACAUUCAUAGGAGUCCAUUUCCGAAUAUCUUUCUGCUCAUUUACGCUAAUGGAUCAGUGUGGACGAAUUAUCGUCUGAAGUUACAGGGACCAUGCGAAAUGGAUUUGACAAGGUUUCCAUUCGAUAACGUCACUUGUUCGUUGACUUUCGAGUCAUUCAACUACAAUACAGAUGAAGUACAAAUGUCAUGGACACCGACUGGAGUUAGUAAAAUGCGCGACAAAAUGGAGUUAGCCGACUAUGAACUUGUGGAUAUAAUGAAUAUUCGGAAUGUAGAGCCGUAUCCAGCCGGUUACUGGCACGAACUCACGAUGAAGUUCCAUUUCAAGCGUCGAGCUGGUUGGUACAUUUUGCAGGCUUACCUGCCGACUUACCUGACCAUCUGCAUCUCAUGGAUAUCGUUCGCUUUGGGAUCGAAGGCAAUUCCGGCAAGGACAAUGCUGGGAGUGAACUCGUUACUGGCAAUGACGUUCCAGUUCGGCAACAUCAUUCGAAAUCUUCCGCGAGUCUCGUAUGUGAAGGCAAUCGACGUGUGGAUGCUCUCGUGCAUGACGUUUGUAUUUUGUUCGUUACUUGAGCUCGCUUGGGUUGGCUACUUAUCGAGGGAAGAUGAAUGCGGCGCAGAACCUCCCUUCCAAAUGCACAGCGUCACCAGCACAUUACACCGAAGAAAUCCGACCAAUGAAGAAGAAUCGGCGUUAAUCUCACUUCGAGACAACGAUUACGGCUACAUUCCACCGGGAUUCGGAUUAAACGGAAACGUGCGCGUUAAUCGAUCCCAUAUGUAUUUCAUCAUCGCUUUUUGCGAUACUGUAACAUCGUCAGUACGAUUCUUUCUUUUCAGGAGACAUCGACGAGAGAGGCUAGCGAAACGGAUUGACACAUUAUCGGCGAUACUUUUCCCGUCGCUCUUCUCUUUGUUCAACAUUGCCUAUUGGUCUCAUUACUUGAGAUCGAACAGCUAG